UCGUCUCAGCUUGAUGUUUCUGCUAGUGGACUGUUGCGGUUAGAAAGUCAGGCAUGAUCCUUCCGCUCUUUUUGGAUUACAACCGAUUGAAGCUUUGCCGGGGAACCUAAAGCAUGCUUCUAAGUUUGCCUACUCCUGAUUUAUUUUUGUUUCAUUUGGUUGAGUGCAUCAGUGUGUGGGUUUUGGGUUUUUGUUUCUUUUGUGUGUAGUGGGGUGGUCAUUCCUGUUAUCUUCAAACACACACACCAGAUGAGUUGGGCGUUCCAUGGGGCUCUACAGCGGAGUGCUCGCCUGCCUUUCCUCCCCUCGGCUCCACCCCUUCAUCUCCUCCACAGAAAUCAUGACACGUGUAUUAACCCAACGGCCACUGAUAUGGAUUUUCACUCAAUCUAACCAACCGUAAAGUGGCAGGCCUCUGACGGAGGACUGUGCCUUGGCCUUUAAUGGUGUUGGGAGGAACUCUGAUCGCAAGGGAAGCGGAAGAUAACCACAGCAGCCGGUGACCGGGAGAGAGAACCCGCGCCAUUAAUCGUUUUCUUGAAUCGGAGCGUUCUCCCCAGCUCCUGCUACAUGUCUGUGGCCAUGGCUCCCCAGAGCUCUGGCUCAAAUCCAGAUCUGGUGCCAAACGUGGCGGUCCCUGAUAAGGAGCCCAAGAACGGGCAGGAGACCGCGAGCCAGGAAGGGUCAGCGAGUGAGGGUUCAGCUGACCGAAUCCCCCUGCGCCUGUGGGUCAUGAAUGGAGCCGUCAUGUUCGGCCGGGAGUUCUGCUAUGCCAUGGAGACGGCCCUGGUUACGCCAGUGCUGCUGCAGAUAGGUCUGCCGGAGCAGUACUACAGCCUGACAUGGUUCUUGAGCCCCAUCCUGGGCCUGAUUUUCACCCCUCUGAUUGGCUCAGCCAGUGACCGCUGCACCUUGAAAUGGGGCCGGCGUCGGCCCUUUAUCCUGGCACUCUGCGUGGGAGUGCUGCUGGGUGUGGCCCUCUUCCUCAAUGGUUCUUUAAUAGGGCUGACCAUUGGGGACGUGCCGGGGAGACAGACUAUUGGCAUCGUGCUGACGGUGCUGGGCGUGGUGCUGCUGGACUUCUGUGCAGAUGCUGCUGAGGGGCCCAUCAGGGCCUAUCUGCUGGAUGUAGCCAGCAACGACGAACAGGACAUGGCCCUAAACAUCCAUGCUUUUGCAGCCGGGCUGGGAGGAGCAGUGGGCUACAUGCUGGGGGGUCUGGACUGGACUCACACUCUGCUGGGACGGGCCUUCAAAUCUCAGGAACAGAUCCUCUUCUUCUUCGCCGCCAUCCUCUUCAUCAUCUCCGUGGUGUUGCACCUGUUCAGCAUCGACGAGAACAAGUACAACCCCCUGCAGGACGGUCCGGAGGAGGAGGAGGAGGAGACGUGGGCAGCCACGCUGCCCUUCUCCCUGCCCUACUCCAUGUACCCCGUGUCCCCGCAGCCCGCCUACGACGGCCCGGCCUGCCUGAUGAGGAGCCAGAGCGACUCCAUGCUCACCAUGACUGACCGCGCCCUGGACCUGAAGCUGGACGAGGGCACGCUCUUCCUGGGCGAGAUCGAACCGUCCGUCUUCCAGGACUCCCCGCCCAGCCCGCAGGAGGAGCCGAGCCGGGCCACGCCCGCGCCGUCCGGCAGCGAGUGGCUGCCCCCUCUGCGGCCCGACCCGGACAAAGAGCCCAACGGAGAGCCGAGCACCUCCGGAGCCCACGCCCAGGGCCACGGACCGGACCACGAACCGGACCACGGACCAGACCACGCCCUGCCCCGCGUCCGCCUGGGCUCCAGGCCCUGCAGCGGGGGCCGGCGCCGCCGGCACCACUCCUUCUACAGGCAGGCCUCCUUGGCCUUCACCUGCCACGGCCGCGUGGGCUACCGGCACUGCAGGCGCCGCCGGGCCUACACCGCGGUGCCCAUCAAGCCCUCGCGCAGCAUGGGCGACCUCUACGACAUCCGCAAGCGUCACCACCGGCAGCAGCAGCACCGCCGGCACGCUGAGCACCGCCGGGGCGUCCGCUCCAUCGAGGAGGAGGAGGAGGAGGAGGAGGAGGAGAGCGAGGAGGAGGAGACGGAGACCACGGUUCGUCUCCUCUGGCUCUCCAUGCUGAAGAUGCCCCCCAGGCUCCUGCGUCUGUGCGUCUGCCACCUCCUCACCUGGUUCGCCAUCAUCUCCCAGGCCGUCUUCUACACCGACUUCAUGGGCCAGGUCAUCUACAAGGGCGACCCCAAGGCUGCUGCAAACUCCACUGAACUGCAGAACUACCACAAAGGGGUACAGAUGGGCUGCUGGGGACUGGUCAUCUAUGCGGCUACCGCAGCUGUCUGCUCAGCUUUACUCCAGAAGUACCUGGACCAUUUUGACCUGAGCAUCAAGAUCAUCUACAUGCUGGGAACGCUUGGCUUCACGGUGGGCACAGCGGUGAUGGCCAUCUUCCCCAAUGUCUAUGUCACCAUGGCCAUGAUCAGCACCAUGGGGGUCAUAUCCAUGAGCAUCUCCUACUGUCCCUACGCCCUGCUGGGCCAGUACCAUGACAUCCCUCAGUAUAUCAACCACAGUCCUGGUAACUCCAGGCGGGGAUUUGGCAUUGACUGCGCCAUCCUCACCUGCCAGGUGUAUAUCUCCCAGAUCCUGGUAGCGUCAGCACUGGGAGCGGUGGUGGAUGCGGUGGGCUCUGUGAGGGUCAUUCCCAUGGUGGCCUCUGGGGGCGCCUUCCUUGGGUUCCUCACAUCCACCUUCCUGGUCAUCUACCCCAAAGCGACGGAUGACAAGGAGGAAGAGGAUGACAAGGUGGACGGCAAAGACCAGCAGGGCUAGUACCUGGUGCUGGUGGAACCAGGAAACUUGCCACAUGGGACCAUCUCUCUUCCCUGGGUUGUUUAAUGAGGGUGCUACCACCUGCAGCCAGGGCAGUGUGAGUCUUUCCUAUGAGUGGACAACAGGGGGAGUGCUAGGCUUUGCUGUGACUACACUGAGUAUAGACCAAAGAGUGACUAUGGCAAUGGAAGGAGAUUCCUACCCGUGCUGUAUAGAGAGAGCAGCAGUGCUCUUAACAGCCUCUGGGGGGAGGUUAUUUCAGUAGCCACAGGGGAAAAGGUAAAACAUGUAUUCUCUCUUUAAACCUUGCACUUCACCUCCAAUUACCCAGCUCUUCCUGAAAGUGAGGGGACACAAAUCCAUAUUCAUACGCCUACGCAGUAUCUAAUUAGGUGAGUUCAAGAAUGAGACGCAUGUUUUAGAGGGAGACUAUUUCCAAUUUGAAGCUGUCAGAAUAUGGUGUGCCAGCUGAUUUAACAAAAAUUGAGAAACACAGCAGCUCAUACAGUGUAAAUUGCUCUGUAGUCCCAAAGAGCGUCACCCGGCAAUGUGAACAAUGCAGAAUUUAAUUUCAGAAAUGUUGCAUAUUCACAUAUAGCAGAGAUAUUGUUUCUACUAUAUCAAACACCUUACCCCAUAAAACAUGGCUUCACACAGGGUUCUGGUUCAAUUGUUACUGUUCUUUUGGUUCUGUUUGGUUGUAUACUCAAUUUCAAGUCCCGGUGCAGGUAUAUAUAAAUAAGAAUAAAUACGAUGAAAUUCAAUAGGGGAAAGUAUGAGGACGGGAAGUUCAGUGAUACACAUUCCAUUUUCCUCUGUUUACAUUUACACCAGCCGAAGAGAUUUAUUCAACUAAUGCAAGUUUAGACCUGAGAGGGAAGGGCAGCCAUGAUGAGUUGAGCCAUGAUGAUGCCUUAGUGAUUGGUUUCAGUUAGCAGUUGACACUCCAGCAACCCAUAUCCCCAUGACAAAUGGUCCAUAACAUUCAGCAUGGAUGAAUGGCGUGUUUCUAAAACAUGCUGUAUAUUCUGAUUGAUAAACCAUAAGCUUAUGGUAGAAUAGAAGAGACCCUUUACCCUUGGGUACUACAGAAAAGAGAUCAUAUUUUCUGCAAAUAUCCAAAGUAUCUAAAGAACUAAACUAUCCUAAAGAACAAACUACAUACUAUUGCGAGGACAAACUAAAUUCUGGGAUAGGUACUAUAUGUGAAUGUGUGUACAGCUAAACUGUAGCAGUGUAUAUAGUUGUGAAAAUGUAAAUUUUGGAAAUCAUUAAGUUAAACAAAGAUUUACAUUUCUGACUGAUGCUUAUUUAUGAAACAUGGGUGGUGUGGUUUUUGUUAAUUUCAGUUAAUAUAACAAUUAAUACAUAUUUGUUUAAAAGUAUUUUAAACACAUAUUUGUCUUUUUUGAAUACUUGAAGUGCAAUUGUGUAAAUCAUAAAGUUUAUGAUUUAACUUUUACUUUGGGAUUUUAAGACAGAUAAGAGAAAUUGCAUUGCCAUACAGUUGUAAAAUAGGUAAAGUAGCAGUGCAUGACUUGGCACCCAAAGAGUGUCUUGGUUUUAAUCAAAUUCAUUUGUCAAUUGACUUGAAUUGAGGGGUUGGACAAAGGUCCUUGUCCAUAUAUUGUAAACACUGGAGGUGCAGAUGCCGUCAUUUGCGUGAUUUUGACCUCAGGACUUUUUCUUUUGUUUGUUUUCUGUACCAAGUAACGACAUUUUGAAUGCAAGUGAAGAGAUGGGUAUGUGCCCCAAUCUUACCUCAUGUGUUAAUGUUCUGUUUUGUUCACCAGUUAUAUUUGAAUAAAAUAAGUAAUCUUAAUUUGAUGUAAUUUAACAGUUACUUAAUUUUUUUGGAAUUUUGCAGAUGUUGAAAUUUGUAUUUUCUUUUUUUACCACAAGUACUAUCUUUGUAAAUAAAGGCCUUUCAUGUUGUACUGUGGAAAGAGCAGUAUUGACUGACCCUCUUAAGAGGAAUCUCAGGAGCCACAAUACUCCUGAACUCUAUCUGCUGCAUCUUGUUUGUUGAUGUUUUUGUUGUUCUUUUUUUCUUGGAUGACAUGCCCUUAAAUAAAAAACUUUCAGUUUGACUGGCAAA